CUGCAACCUCGAAUCUUAUUUAUCGUCAUCCCACCGUCGCUUGAAAGACGCCUCAUCUCCAUAGUAAUUUUCCUCCGACCGUCGCACCAUCCAGCAAAAUGACAGCACCCCGUGGAAUCUCCACCGUGCCCUUCGCGGAGCCGCCCUACCUCCGCGGCCUCCCCUCACCAUACUACACAGAGGGCCACAGACGGUUCCAAAAGGCGGCGCGCGAAUUCAUCUACGACAACCUGCUCAAGCAUGCGAUGGAGUGGGAGAAGGAAGGGACGGUCCCCGAACAUGUGUUUAAGGAUUUUUGCAAGGCCAACAUGCUCCUCCCGAACCUGCCUGCGCCCCUGCCCGUCGAUUGGUUGAAACGGCUGGGGAUCCAUGAUAUUUUGGGCGUCAAGGUUGAGGAGUGGGAUUAUAUUCAUACGGGGAUUUAUACAGAUGAGCUCGCCCGGUCGGGUCUCAGCGGUCCUGGUGGCUCACUCAAUGCCGGUUUUGCGUUCGGUCUGCCGCCGAUCAUCAAGUAUGGAAGCAAACAGUUGCAGGAGAAGUUCCUGCCGGAUCUGUUGACCGGUCGGAAGCGCAUUUGUAUUGCCAUCACGGAGCCGGAUGCCGGGUCUGAUGUUGCGAACAUCACCACCACCGCGACCAAGUCGGAGGAUGGGAAAUAUUAUAUUGUCAACGGGAACAAGAAAUGGAUCACAAACGGCAUCUGGUCGGAGUACAGUACAAUGGCCGUUCGAACAGGCGGUCCCGGACCCGGUGGUCUGUCUCUCCUCGUCGUCCCGCUAAAGGGCUACCCAGGCGUCUCCAUGCAGCGCCUCAAGGUCUCUGGCCAAAUUACCGGCGGAACAACCUACAUCGAGCUCGAUGACGUCAAAGUCCCGGUAGAGAACCUGAUCGGGCGCGAAGGCGAGGGCAUGAAGCUGGUGAUGAACAACUUCAACCACGAACGCCUGACCAUCGCCGUCGGCGUCACGCGGCAAGCGCGCGUCGCCCUCUCAACCGCCUUCUCUUACUGCCUGAAGCGCGAGGCGUUCGGGAAGACACUCAUGGACCAACCUGUUGUGCGCCACAGACUUGCCAAGGCCGGUGCGGAGCUCGAGACCAUGUGGGCGUUUGUUGAGCAGUUGCUGUACCAGCUUGCGAACUUGCCCAAGGAGCAGGCGGAUCGUGAGCUGGGUGGGAUUACCGCGCUGGCGAAGGCCAAGGGCGCGAUGGUGCUGAAUGAGUGUGCACAGGUCGCGGUGCUACUCUUUGGUGGAGCAGGUUUCACCAAGCAAGGACAGGGCGAACUCGUCGAGGCGAUCUUGCGCGAUGUCCCUGGUGCUCGGAUCCCCGGUGGCUCCGAGGACGUGCUGCUGGAUCUGGCGGUACGGCAGCUGGUCAAGCUGUACAAGGCCGAGGAGGCGAAGCUGGGCAAGUCAUCGAAGAUCUAGACUCGACUGUAUUCUACCGUGUGAUAUCGCUGUUUGAAUAGCCUUUAGACCAAGACAUACCAUUUACUUGUUCAUCCCAAUUUUUGCUUUUCCGCGUGGCAGCCCCGGAAAAGGACCUGCUUCAGAUCGUUAUCAGCGUGCAGAAUCAGGGUGGCACUGUUGCUGCUUACUCCAUCGAGUAAAGCCGUUGGAGAACCUGUUGGGAU